AUGGCAUGCAGUGCUUUCUCCUUAAUUUUGAUCCUUGCUCCGUGCUGUAUCGCUCAGAAGGGCUCUUGUCUGGAUGGGGAGUGUGCAGCCAGCUGGAUACAGACGCAGAUAGCGUUGCAGACCCAUGUAAGAGGAACUGCGCUGCACGGAGGGCAUGCAACGACUCAGAGCUGGAAUCCUUCUGAUAUCGAAACUGCACCGGACAUGAACGGAAGGCUGUGCCAUUUGUGCACAAUGCCUCCACCGAAGCGUUCAGAUCGUGAGUACGUGCAACGAACCGAUUGCGGCAACCAGAGCAUUUAUGAGCAUCCGGAAAACUGGGACAAGGCCAUUGUCCAGUUCAAUCGACCGGCCGAGGAAGGCCACAAUGCCUCGACUGCCUUCUGCGAGUUGAAUUAUCAAAAGAUGUGUGCAGAUGCCAUCUACAACAGGGACUGGCUUUUUCAAGCAAAGGCCGUUGAUAUCCGUCGCUCUUACGGCACUGACUACGACCCUUACUACUGUUACUACAACGGUUGGCUGUCACCCGAGCUGAAGGCCCUGCAACAUGACUUCGAUGGCAUGGACAUGAAAGCGAGGCGGUUCUGUGAAUCCCACGGAGAUGCCUGGCAGACGAUGACAAUGAGGGAGGCGGACGUGAUCUACUGGCGUGGAUAUAACCGCAGCGGCCUGCCGACAAGGGAAGAGGCCCUGCUCAUGGCUGAGUGGAACUGUGCUAUGGGGACGGUAGCUUGCGACAUGGCAUACUGUGCCUACAGUUUUUGCGAACUUGCGAAUGGGAGCAUCGGUACGUACGACGACUGCGAAGGAUGGGAUCCAGUCCAAGGUAUGCCUGCACCAGUGCUGGCUGCAUAA